UCGCCGUGGUUGGCAGCGCCGUGAUUCUCCCUCCUGCCGUAGAUCAUUGUUGCUGUUUUGUGGCCGGUGUGUGUUAGCUAGUUUACGUUUUUCAUUCUUGGUUGUCAUCCUCGCGUAGAACAUCCCUACCGCGAUACAUCACGACGUUGACGCGACGGAUCUCGUAGAAGGGGACUGAUCGGUGCGGGUCGUCGGCGGUGGCAGGAAAGAUGGAAAACUUGGAGGAGGUGAUGCAGGCGCUCGACGAGUUCCAGAAGAUGCGGCCGACGGAGAUACCGCCUGAACUGGACAACUAUCUGUCCUGGGUCGCCAAGACGGGCGACCCGGUCUAUCAGUGGUCGAUGAUCAAGACGCUCUUCCGGGAGAAGCUCACCCGCGUGAUGACAGACUUCUACGAGACCUCCCCGACGCUCGAACUCGCGCCCUGUCCCAACGUCGAGCACUUCAAUUACGACACGAUGAAGAGCAACCUCCUCGACAGGCUGGAAUCGUUCGCUAACGCGCCCUUCACCGUACAGCGGAUAUGCGAGCUGCUCACCUCGCCGCGCAAGGAGUACAAUCGCGUGGACAAGUUCAUGCGCGCCAUCGAGAAGAACAUCCUGGUGGUGUCGACGCGCGAGCCCGGUCCCAUAGCUAGACGCGGCGAGACGGGCGACGGUAUGGUGAACGGCUCCGUCGAGGAGGACACGGUCACACAGCAGCAACAACAACCGCCACCGCCAUCGCCCCCGCAGCCAGCGCAGACGACGCAGACGGCACAGCCGACGACGGCGCAGCCGGCCUCGCAGGACGUCGAGAUGGAGUACUGGGAGAAGGACUGCGCCUCGACCGUCACCAUCAGCGUGCACACCGUCGAGAACGAGACACCUCUCCUGCACACCGUCGUGCCAGGUACUACCGGCGCGCUGCCCAAGAACACGGUGUUCACGGUCGAGACCGCCCGGGAGAAGCUGGAGCAGGCGGUCUCCAGGAUGGACCACCUCACGGCGACCAACAUCCUCAACUUCCCGAACUUGUUGACGUCGCAAGUGGAACAGUCGCACGAACCGUCGGUGGCCGCGGCUCCGGCUGUUCAGAACCUACCGACACCCGCGGAGACGAUAGUCGGCGUGAACUCGGCCACCGGCAGUACCGACGUGCCGGAAGCGAUCAUGAACGAGGACACCAACUCCCAGACCAGUCUGGACAUGGAGAACGAGGAGGUGGAGCCGGCAGCGACCACGGCGACGACGUCCGCAGCGGUGACGAUAAGGAUAACGACGACGGCGGCGACGGCGACGACGACGAUGACAACGACGACAACGACGACGACAACCACCACCACCACGGGAAGCACGUCGCCGUCGACGACGUCGGCCACGUCAUCCUCGGCGACGACCACGGUCACCGUGGUAGCCACGGUGAUACCUCUCACGACGGAUACCACGCGGAACCUGCAGGCCGCCUUCCAAGCGAAGCGCUUCGAGGCGGACGACAGCAAGUGCUCGGACAAGUCAAACGAGAAGACGACCCCGGCGGCCGUCGGCGUGGAGCCGGCGGGGAUCGUUCAUUCCAUGAAGAGCGGCGAGAGCACGGGGCAGACGAGCGCCGAAUGCAGCGGCGCCAGCGAGAUGUCUCGCGAAGAGAGCAGGCUGACGGAGAGCUUGCUGAAGACGGACGUCGACAUGAGAGUCGCGGACGACGUCGGGACUGUCGCCGAGGAGCGGGUCCCGAGCAAGCCGGAGAAAGCGGCAGCCGAGCCGCGCCUGGCCGACGAAGAGAAUCCGCGCUGCCAAGACGGCGAGGAUACCAAGGCCGCGCAGAUGGUGUUCGUCGAGUCUCCGAGCGCGGACAACGCGUCCGACGAAUGCAUGAGCGCGGUCAUCGUGUCGACGUCCAGCAGCGAGGCGUUACACAGCAGCUCGGAGAAGACGGAGUUGCAGCCGAAGGGGACGACGAUCCCGCCCAAGGACAGCCGCUUGCUGCAACCCGACAGCCAAAGGACCGACAACAUCGACGUGGUGACGGAGCAGGUUCCAGAGUCCAUUCCCAGAGAAGCAUCUUCCAAGAGCGACGAGCAGACGGAACACGAGGCGUCAAGCGCCGAGUUCAACGGGGACGGUGUGAAGAUGACGGAGAUCCCCGACGACAAGACGGCCGUCGUCGAGCCCAUGGUGCUGGCGGAGCCGACGAAGAUGGAGAAGGCCAGAGAAAUCGCCGCGACUGUGAUCGAGAAACUCGACUCGACCGUGUCGCCCGUCGUCGAGAUGACGGACGGCACGAUCGCCGACGCCGAUUGUCCGCAGGACGACGGUCUGACGAGUGCACCGGUGAAGGACAAGCAGUCUUCGGUCAUCGAGAGCACCGCGUGCAGGAGGGAGUCGCACGACCACCAGGUGGAGAUGAUGGAGGUGGACGACGAGGAGACGACGCCGACGUUGCAGCAGCAGCAACAGCUGGACGAGCAGAUGGAACACGAGACGAUGGAGGAACUGUCGAAGAGUUAAUCCACACUCGCGUGAUCCGGGCGUGUCUUUCACCACCCUUUUCUCUCUGUCUACGUAGACUUGAUAUCGACGACACGCCGGGGCUGGACACGCGAGUGUUCAAGCGCGAUCCUCGUGGCAGCGACGACGGCAGGCGUACGACGAUGUGCGUCGAUUAUGAUUUGCGUGAACCUUCGACGUCACGACGUUUCAGUUGCGAGCGCGGUAAGCAAGCNGUAGGGGGGGGGGGGGGGGGGGCGAGUCCUCGACGAGAUCCUCGGCAUUGUCCGUCACUCUCGAACAUCUCGCGUUCGCCAAUCCUUAAUUUAUUCCGGGUUUAUCGUUGGUUUUAUCGCCUCCCGGUUAAUUAUUACACUUAACGAGGGGACGUCUCACACAUACACACACAUAUACACACCAACGGGAUGAAUUUUUCUAACUCUCUUCUCAGAAGAAAAUGAACACUGCCUACACUCCGCGAAAGGACAAAAGAGGGGGUAAAACGAGCACACGCAGUAAAAGGAAACCGAAAGAAAGGGGAGGGAAACGAGAGGAAAGAGAUUGUAAUAUCGAAAACCGCUUGUAUAGAGAAGCCGGGAAUUCAGCCGGGCGGUGUAAGACAUUUCAAUAUGGAUUUAUACACGAGUACCGAUAGUUAUCCGCUUAGAGUAAGGUUGUGCCUAUAUUAACUACUGUGUAUAUUGCGUAUCGGACAAGUAUUAUCUAAACAAUUGAUCGAUUCUCGGAGACGUGACGCAACGUACCGGGGAAAUACCGUGAGCUCGGGUCUCGACGUCCGGUGUGUGUCUCGCCGCCGAGUGAACGUACGAACGAAGCCGCGAUCGUCGCCGCAGCAGCCUUACAAUACCAAGUUACGAUUACACACAAUCCUCCCCGGCUGGGCCCUUCUUUUCUGUGUAUUCGACUUUUAACGACAGUUGAAAAGUCACGGAACAAGGCCCUCGUCGGGUACACUCUCGCGGGAGUAUCAAUCGGAUAUUUGAUUCUUCGCGCGAUGUUCACCCGGUGGGCAGGCGCGCGACACACUCGCGAGGAACGUCGGGAGGAGCGGCGUUGCUUCUCGCGGAGAGCUGUCUGCCGAAAUUACGCUACAGCUAAUUCUCAAAGGUAGUCUAUCGCGACACGGUUCAUUGGGAUCGGUGUGCAGAUUCCAAAUCCGCGAUUUCCCGUCGAUCGUUGAUACGGACGAGUACUUUUCUUUCACCGAGUGUUCGUUGCGUGUGGAGAUGAGAGAAGGAGAGAAAGCGAAGCCAAUAAACGCGAACCGUCUCGCGAUCGGGGAGACACGGCAUCGUGUGAUUCCUUCCAUUUCGCUAUCGUGAUUUUCGCGCUGACGAGAUCGAAUAGUCGAACAACAAGGAGAGCUGCGCGCCCGCGAGUUUUUUCUACAACGCGAACCCGAAGGACGAAGAAGCGAAUGAGAGAUAUCCGGAUGCGAGUGAAACACAACCCGAGUACGAAUGAGAGAGCCAAAUAUGAUUGAUAAGACCACACAUGUAUUGUGCGAAAAAGCAAAACCAACUGAAAAGUAAACUAUAUUAGAGAUCGAUCCACGCACGAAUACCCGUUGCGAUUGUGAUUUGGAGCUGCUUGCAGUUUUAUGUACGUGCACAAAAUAUUUACGAGCGGAUUCGAGCUGGACGCGGAUCUAAUGAAAAUUAUUAGAUGAAUAUCGUAGAAGUGGGGUAAGAGUAAUAUAAACUAAUAACACGACAUUAUACACUACGUACACACAUACAUAAUAUAUACAUACACACACACACAUACACACAAAUGUGGAUAUCUGAAAAUAGCUGUACAUUAUUUUAUAACAAAAUAUAUAAAAAUGAUUGUCGA